UUAUUACGUGACACACGGCGCCGCCAACUUUAGCAACUCCACCUUCGCUAUAUUUUCUCAGUCGUCGUCCGAACACGUCGCGACACGAAGCUCCGUUUUGCGAUUUCGUUUUGUUGUAAUUAUACGCAGGUGAUAACGCACCAGUCCCUAUCAUCAAGCGGUCGCUAUAGAACGUUCGGUGAUAGUGAGUGCGUUCGAAGCGACGUACAAUUAGUUUCUUUCGGGAAGUCAUUCACUAUUUGCCUCGAGAAAAUAAAACUAAAUUUCGCGCUGAUAUUUAUACUGUGUAUUCCAGCUAUUGAGUAGUCGAUAUCUAGUAAGAAACGAGAAGGUUCUUGCAGACCUCACGUUACUGCGCCGUACACGACAAAAAGCUAGUUACCGAUGCGAGGAGCAGCGUUUCAAAGACAAAUGAAAACAGUUUGUUAAUAGCCUGAGAAUUCAUGUAAUGCUUCGCCGAAAAGAGAUAUUUACGCAAACGGUCGUUCGUCUCUCCUCGCCGUGGUAGUUGUUCACUCGGCAUUGCCUCGACGUUGGUCUCAUCAUGUGGAAUCGCAAAGUGUUCAUUCGAAUAAUCGAAGUGCUCUUAUGCGUCGCUUGCGUCGUGGCGCUCAGGGUGACGGAUGAUGAGAGUCGAAGGGUGUUCCAUUACCUGAGGAAUCGUAGCAGGGAGUGGUCAUUGUUGAACAACGUGACAUGGGGCAGCAUAGGCGCUGCUCUCGCAACGGCUACCUGCGGCGGAUACAUCAUAAUAACGACGGGACUGUUGAUCGCCGCUGCGACCGGAGAACUCCGAGGCCGAAAGACGGAAUUCUUUCUGCUUGGGCUGGGAGUGAUUCUUUUUGGGAUAGUCGGCGCCUUGUCAUUGGCGUCUAUCGACAGCGUUCCCGAGGAUCUGGUCGACAAUGCUGCGGUUUUGGGAGCUCUGUGCUUGGUCACAGCAUUGGUUUUCAUCGGAGAUUUGCUGAUGAGUCCGCCCCGUAAAAAGGAUAAGCAGGAUGAAGCACGAAUCAUCGAAAAAGAUUUAGGAAAGCGAGUAGUGCCAAUGGUGACUGCUGAAAAAGACACGAAGUCGAAAUCAAAACAGAUUACCGUUAAACUUCCGGAGGACGAAGAUGGCCGUCCGAAUGACGCGUUCGAAAAGACAGACGAAUCCCAACAAGGUUUGCCCGCGAUGCGCUUAUCUGACUCUCGGGAUGAUCGGGAAUAUCGAGAAUCUCGUAGCUCUCAGGAUCCAAAAGAAUAUGCGCAGAAUUUCCAAAAUGGCCGUGCCAUGCGCGACGCACAGAGAUACCGCGAGGUCGACUCACAGCGAUCGAGUGCGUACGAUCCUGAUCGCAAGAUUGAGGAGUCCAGGAUUAUGUACAAAAGUCAUGACAUCUACCAGCGACCGAUCGACGAAAUCGACACGCCGCGGUUUCCGACAGAAUAUACGAAGAGAAACUCGACUUUCGCGAAGAUCGUCAAUCCAAGCGUGAAGAUUAUGAGAGUCGAGCGAGAUGUCGAAGAAGCACUAGACAGUUACAGAUAUUCGGACAACAGCCAGUACGACAACGUACCUGUCAGGAUACGCAGUCCUUCGUCUGGGAUCUUGAAGGGUCAUCGCGACAUAUCCUUCAAUAUGCCUGCUCCACCAGGUUACGAGUCCAGAGGACGAGAAAGAUCCAAGGACGAGAUUGAGAUGCUGGAGGAAUGUUUCGGAGUGUUGAGGACUACCGGGACGCAAACCGCAAAGAUUCCGUCUUCGCCGAACGAUCCGGGAUAUGUGCGACAUACCGCAAGUAAUUGGCCGCAGGAUGCUAAAUCGCAAGCCAGUCCUGAUCAUGACAGAAUUUAACUUUUCCAUGACCAACGAGAGAACUUUCGGUUGCAUUUAUUCGUGAUCAUAAACUUACUGUAAAUCAUAAUUGUCAGUUUAGUGGAAGUUUGUCACUUUUCAUGCGGGAUAAUUGGCCGAAAUUCUACGAAGUUACUUCGUUACUUUUAUAGACAGCACUUACUUCGCUAUCUGCAUAUAAAGCUCGUCGAACUGAUUUUACAAAUAAUUUAACUAUAACGUAAUCAAAGUGACGUGAGAAUUGUCGCCUGACAAAACUAUUACAUAUAAUAAAAACUUGAUGAUUAAAAAAAUAGGUUAAUAUCCAGAAAUACGCAGAUCUCAUCAAGGAAAAGAAUAAAAUUCAUGAUAUUUCAGAAGAAAAAACGAAUAUCUAUAUCGGAGGAAUAAAACUAGAAUCUAUACUGCCUAUCGAACACAAAUGCAAAGUGCCACAACAUUUAUACUUAAAUAAUACUUGUAACAGUAAAAUACAUUAGAAGGAUAACUACCACAGGACUGCAAUAGUUUCGACAUUUGAUUCAAAGCAUCUUUCAGUCACCCUCGUUCACGCAUCAUUAAUUUAUCGCUCGUGAAAGUAUUAUUUUGCAGACUUGUGGUAGUCCGGGAGAUAACGAGGAAAAAUCAGAAUACAACAAAAACAUCUUUUUACAAGUACAAAUUUCAAUAUAAAGUUAAGAUCUUCGUUCACAUCGUACUUCUAUAUGCAUACGUACAAUUAUUAUUAAUAAUUCUCUGUUGAUAAUAUAUAAUCGCUACGUGGUUAGUCUUCUGCUUGACACUCAUCAGACAUGUAUUAAUAUCAGCGUUACACCGCCACGAUGGAUGUAAUCUCCGUUUGCCUGUUCCGACGCUUGUACGUGUGUGUGUGUGUGUUUUUUUUAUGAAACCUCUAAUAUAAAUAAAUGCUAUACAAGUCCAUUGUUUUACGUCAUGAUCAA